ACGUGUUUUGACGGACUCUGAGGCGAAAAGAAGGAAGAUGGCGCGAGAUCGUGAUACCUCAAAGGCAAAGAUUUAUAUUGGCGAGCAUUCGGAAAGAUGGAAUGCUGAGAAGACCGAUCUGAAUUUAAAAACAAAUCACGAAGUAGCGGGUAUUUUGCUCGACAGAUUAUACACCGACAAAACAAGGAUGACAGACAGGAGUGCAUAACCAAAAGUGUUCUCUACACCCAUUACCAUGGAAUUCAUGGCAGCAGAACUCAUGGUUUCAGAAAUUUCUUCAGUAAAGUCUGAUGGGAGAGUGAAAGCAUCAUCGUCUGAGGUAUCAGGUGUUGGAGAACUUGAUUCUGGUAAAGAAAUGGAUGACCAUCCCAAGCAUUUCCUUAGGAAAGAGAGUACCUGUCAGGAAACAGAUGUCAACAUCUUUCAUGGAUCCAUUCAACUUGACUAUUGAUGUGACUGAAGAAUUGGAUGAAGACAAUCAAGAAGAUGACCCCACUUUCCAUAUAACACUAGGAGGGGAGAAAUUGAAGAACUGGAGGACAGAGCAGGGGCAGACAUUGUAUUUUGGGAGGAAGAUGAUGGUGACAAUGAAAGUGAGAGUCAUUGGUCCAGGAAUCUCCAAAGUGUCAACUGCAGAUGAUGUGGGAACCUUAUUGGAUGACAUUUGUGCCUUGGUAUUCAUCCAUCAACUAAAACACCUUGAAAACUUGAAUGUAGAUGGAAACUGUGUGGUGAAAGGAUGUAAAUUGGGGAUACAAAUAAAAUUGGAUAAAGUAGUAUCUGGGUAUGUGGAAAUUCCCAUGUUAAAUACAAAUGAAAGAUUCCAUAGUGGAGACUUGCUGAUCACCUCCGCCGUUCUGUUAUCAGGAAAUAACUUCAUAAAAAUGCAGUUGUUUGCCAAGUUAACAAAGUUACAUUUCCCUUCCAAAUCCAGUUUCAACAGGAUACAGACAACCUAUCUUGUACAUAAAUAGAAGAUUAUUGGUCUAGUCAUCAGGAAGGUGUUUUAGAGCAGUUAGAAGAUAUUGAAUUAGUAGUUUCAGAUAUUUUUUCUUUCAAUGAGUAAUUUAAAUUCACCUGUUCAAAGUGCAAGUGAGUUACUGCAUUGGUUUGGUGUACAUUGUUCCAUCUUUGGUUUUUAUUUAAUUCAAAACGUUUCUUAUAUAAGCCAAAUAAUGGAUUGAGGAUACUGAUAUGAGUCUUGUUGCAUGCUGGGUGAAGGGCUGCCAAGUUUGUUUAAGAUCAGAGAGGUCAACAGAAGCAGAUCAAGCAAUAGGCCCAGUACACUUUUAAUGUGUAGUUAUUUAUAAGGUAAUAUUUGUUUGCAAAUGUAUUAAUGUUUAGGUCACCUGAGUCGAAUGUGUGUCGUUAACUUUUCACAUACUUGACUAAGAUUAAGUUCAUAUUUGAUAUUUAGGGUCCUUAUGGCAAGGUCUACAAAGUUUGCGAAUGAAAAAGAAAUCGGGCCAAAAACAGCCCCACUAGAGGGCGCUCAAAUGGGUCGAAAAUUCAACUUUGACUGAUUUCAACCAAAUUUGGUAGAAAGCAUCCCUUAGGACAUAUGAAAUUAUGUUGAAAAAAGUGAUUAUGUCCCCUUUUGGGCCCAUAAGGGGUGUAAAAGUGGCCAUAUGUAAAAACCUUCUUUAAAUGACUUCUUCUCCAGAACCAGUGGAUGAAUUUUGACCAAACUUGGCACAAACCAUCUCCAUGGGAAGCCUCUUCAAGUUUGUGAAGAAAAAGGGUGUGGCCCCAAUAGGGGCCGCAGA